AUGUCAUCGAUAAAACCUGAAGAAAUAUAUACGAAUGAUUUACCAGAUGAUAUUUUCAGUUACAAUCAAGAUCGAUUUUAUGAUUUUAUUAAACAUUCAUAUGGUAAUGAUAUUGCUGAAUUACUUAUUUUCCAAGCGAUUAGAAAUGGAUCACAUCUUUUAAUCACAACAUCUGAUGAUAUUUUAUCAGUUUUACAACAAGAAUCUGAUGAUCUAAACAAAUUGAAAAACUUGUGUUGUUUUCAAGUCGGUAAUAACAAAUAUGAAAUAAAAUUAGGAAUCAAACUUGCACUUAAUAAUCUAAUUCAGUUAUUGAAGAUCAAACAAGAACAACAAAAGACGAAAAAACGAUCGUCAACUCAACGUUCAUUAUCCAAUUCUAAUACAUUAACAUCUAUUACUCAAACACAAACACAAAAUGAAACAAAUACAUCAUCGUCUACAUCAUUAACUCCUUCAAUUAGUGAUGCAAGUUCGACACGGGCAAGAUUCACACCAGUACAAAAAAAAAUCAAUGAAAUGGAUCAUAUACUUGAUAUUGAAGAACGAAUUAAUACAUGGUGGAGUACAACUAAUGAUGAUCAUUUGUACUUGGAUGAAGGUACACAUUAUUUUUUAGCAAUCAACAAAUCAAUCAAUGAUAGAUACACGUGCGUUUUAACAUGUCAAUGUAGUAUUCGAUUUAAAUUACCAUUUAUGCCGGGAGGUUUUUUCAAAUUAUCAUCGUUUUAUCGACAUAUCAAGGAAAAACAAUGUAUAAAAUUAUCCAAUAAAAUACAUACAACAGAAAAUAAUUCAACCAAUAAAGAAAAUCCAUCAAAUCCAUCAAAUAAUUCUUCAAAAUUAUUGAAUGCAAAGUCGAAGAAAAACAAAACAUUAUCACAUACGACUUCAAAACGAGUUCGAUCAACAUCUAGAGAAGCACCUUCGAACAUCAGUAACAUAGUCAAAAAAAAGAAUCAACUAUCUUCAUCGAAUAAUAGAGACACAUCUCCAGACUAA